CAAGUAUAGUAUAUAGGAAGGAGUAUAUUUUUUUAAGAGAUCGUUAACCUCACAGUAAUCCCUCCUUUUGCCUAAAACCUAAAGGAAGCCAAAGUGGGAGCACCAAAAUAUUCGCCGCGGGUGCAUAGUUGUUUUGUUUAGACGGAGAAGACGAGGUUAAGGGCAGAUGAGCGAGCCGGCACCGGCGGCGGCGGCAGCGGAAGCGGAGAAGAAGGCCGUCGCGGACGCGGAUGCGGCUGUGGUCGCGAAGGGAAAAGAGAAGGCGGAGGUGGCGCCGACCAUGACGGCCUCAGCGGCCGGCGCCAGGGGGAGGUUCGUGGCCUACCCGGCGCGGGUGGCGGAGCACGCGGACGUGGUGGCAGACGCCGCGCGCUUCAGGGCGGCGCUCGAGGGGCUGCACGCGCAGAUGGGCACCAGGCUCAAGGUGCCGAUUAUUGGAGGAAAAGAUUUGGAUCUUCAUCAGCUAUAUAAGGAGGUCACAUCACGGGGUGGUAUUGACAAGGUGAAGGCAGAGAAUAGAUGGAGGGAAGUGACUGCAUCAUUUAUUUUCCCUGCCACUGCGACAAAUGCUUCUUUUAUGUUGAAGAAAUACUAUAUGUCACUCUUAUAUCAUUUUGAGCAGCUAUACUUCUUUAGAGUGCAAGGCUGGCAUCAACAAGAAAUAGAUUCCAGAACGAAUUCCUCCAUUGAAGUUAAAACCGAAGCCCAAGCUUAUCACAAAAGAAAAAGGGGUAUCAGUGCAUCUCCUUCAGAUCCAGCCUCGUCUUCAGAUAAUGUUGACGUAGAUGUGAUAGUUGAUGGCAAGUUUGAACAUGGCUACAUAGUAACUGUUAUUAUGGGAUCAAAAUCCACCAAAGCAAUCCUCUAUAAUUGCACUGAAGAAUCUGCUCUACCAACUCUGGAGCCACCUGUUGCAAGUAACAGCACUGAUUUGAAGGGGGGACGUCGCCGAAGACGACGUAGGAAGAAGCUAAGUACAACAGACCCGAGGCACCCUAAACCAAACAGGAGUGGCUAUAAUUUCUUCUUCCAGGAUCAACAUAGAAUGCUUAAGCCACAAUAUCCUGGACAAGACAGGAUGAUCAGUAAAAUGAUUGGUGAACGAUGGAACAAUCUAAGUCCUGAAGAUAAAGCUGUAUAUCAAGAAAGAGGUGUACAGGAUAAGGAGCGAUACCGGACCCAGUUGGCUGCUUACAAAGAAGAACUGAGGACAGGCCAACCUAUCAGCAAUGCUGUGCCUAUCGAGCAGAGACUCCCUGUGACAGAAGUGACGAUUGAUGAAGUAGACUCCAAGGUGAGCGAAGGUGAUAUGCUGCUGUCAAAUCAAGGGUACAGCAGUAGUGAUGAAAGUGACCAUUCAGGAGAAAAACCUGUAGAAGACGAGCUCAACACUGAAACGUCCCCUGAGGUGAGCGUGGAAACAACUGGUUCUCCUGGACACCCUGAUCCCUCUGCCGAUGGGGACCACUUUGAGUUGCGGCGGAGAGAAAACCCCAAGGCAGAUGAGAAAGAUAAUGUGCCACCUGAUUCAUGACUUUCCGCUUUGAAUGGUAUCUGAAAGAGAGGAAUUUCCAAGUGGUGCCAAGCUACACAUACCUGCUGUCGUAGGAACAUAGGCUAUGUGCUAAUGUCAAUCAGAGCUCUAUUAGCAGUUGGAAUACCCUUCAUUUUGACAGUUCUGAAUUUGUAUUGCUAAAUUUCUUUCGAACUUAAGAGGGGGAUACUGGGUAUGAGAUUGACUUGCAGGGAUGUGGACGAUGGAUACUUGAUUGACUUGCAUAGAAAGUAUAUUCUUUAGUUCAAUAUUUGUCAUUAAAGUACAUUGAUCUAUAUGUUGAGUAUGUGUAAUGCCAGCGAAAA